AUGGGAACAAUAGUGGAAUCAGAAUCCAUGGAGUCCAGAAUAAAAAACGUGAGGUCGAUUGUUGGCUCUAGGGUUGCAGAAAGCGACAUUUGCGAAGCUCUAUCGCGAUCCAAUAACAACGCAUGCGAGGCGAUCUGUCUCAUUCUCAGUUCACCCUCGAUUUUCAAGAAUCCCCAUUUAACCGCGUACAAAACUCUCACCUCUACCGGUGGCUCGAGAAUCUCCACUUUACAGAUAAGCCCACCGGAGAGUCUCGAAGAAGGGGUGGAGGGGAAAUUUUCGGAGGGGCUGGGUGUGGUGAAGCAGGAAGAGCCUCUAUGUGUUGUCGAAAAUGUUGAAGCCAGGCGAGGCGUAGGCGGUGGAAAGGAAGGCCGUGUGUUCGGAGAUUGUGAGACGGGUUUAGGGUUUCAGGUGACUGAAAAAGUCAAGGAAGAAUGCGAUUUAGGUUUUCCGAGUGGUGGUGAAAAUCCAUCCCGCUCGGUUGGGAGGAACAAGCUGAGUUUUGAAGAGUGGCUAAAAUUGCAAGAUUCUGAAAAGAAAGUUGAGGAAAACAAGGACAGCGACAUGGGUGUUGGAGUGACAGAGUUUGUGAAAGUAAAAGAAGAACAAGAAGUGGGUUUUGUCAGUAAUGAGGUUUCUAGAGAUGAAAUGAAUGUUUUAAGUGGUGUAAGAUCAUCUGGGUUGAAGCAAGAUUGUCUAAAUUUGCACAACCCUGCUAAGAGAGAGGAAAAUCAGGACAUGGACUUGGAUAUGAGUGUUGGAUUGGAGUGUGUUCAAGUAAAAGAAGAAUGUCAUGUGGAUAAUAUGAAAGUAGAGACCUUUGAAGAUGUAAAAGUGAAGGGAGAAAGCGAUGUGAAAAACCUCGUCAAGAAAGAAGAUGGGAAAAAGAAUGAACACGAAAGUGUGAUUGGAGUGAAGGACAAAGUGAAGGAGGCUCUGAGUGUACGGCCACUCAGUGCGAGAAAAUUAUCUGAUGAAGAUUGUAUGAUAUUUCAAAGGAGAUGCAGUAAUAAUGGUAAGCCUAAGAGUGAGAGAGUCGAAGAUAAGAGCUUAAGUUCUGUGGUGAUUGAGGACGGGGAUUUUCCGGAGGAUCCCGACUGGUUGUUGGUGGGUAGGACAGUGAUUACUGGGCUCUCAACAACAAAAGGGAGGAAAUUGGUGAAUAAUGAGAUUGUGCAUUUUGCUUUUCCAAAUGCCAAUGGAAGGAGUAAGAGCAGCACUCAUUUUAUGAGUGCAAAGGCUGCUAAUGCUGCUUCUAGCAUUGUUCGAUUCUCAACAAAAAGAUCUGGAGAGAUUGGACGUUUGCCAAUGGAGUGGGCAAAAUGCCUCGUCCCACUCGUGAAUUCAUCAAAGGUGAAAGUACUUGGCCGUUGUGUAGCUGCUCCUGUUAGUCUUUUGUUGAUGCAAGAGAUUAUGUUGUAUGUGAGCUUUUAUAUCCAUCAUUCAGUCUUUACCAAUGGAGAUAAUUCGUCGUGGAAGCUUGAGCCAACAAAUAUUGAUUCCACCAUUUAUCCUCUCCUUAAUUUGUUUAAACUGCUGAACGUAAAUCCAUCUCAAAAGGCGGAAUUCACGCCCGAAGAACUUGCUUCUCGAAAACGCUCCUUAAAGUUAGAUGAUGAGUCUGAUGGAACUCUCUCAGUGUUGCCUAUGGCAAAAAGAAGAAAUGGUUGCCAAAUUCAGGAUAAUGACAAAACCGAGCAGGCUAUUUCAGAAGCAUCUUUGAACAAGCUUGUUGGUGCAGUAGAUAUGUAUAACUUAGAGGAAAUGGAGCCUCCAGAGACUCUUGGUUGUGAUUUAAGGCCAUACCAAAAACAGGCUCUUUACUGGAUGUCUGAACUUGAGUCUGGUGCAAAUGCAGAAGAAACAGCUAAAACCCUUCAUCCAUGCUGGGCAGCUUAUAGUGUGUGCGACGAGAGGGCCCCUGCAAUUUAUGUCAAUGUUUUCUCCGGAGAAGCAACCACACAAUUUCCAACUGCAACACAGAUGGCACGAGGAGGGAUAUUGGCCGAUGCUAUGGGACUUGGGAAAACGGUGAUGACGAUUGCGUUAAUACUUGCAAGAAGAGGUCGGGGGAUCAAUGAGGAUCAACAAGUUGACCAACAAGAAUUUGAAGUCAGGAGUCAACGUAGCAAGAAUAGGCAGUGGGCUACUGAAGGGUUGAGGAAGCUAAAAGGUGGCACUCUCAUUGUUUGUCCGAUGGCUUUGCUUAGCCAAUGGAAGGAUGAGCUUGAAGCGCAUUCAAAGCCGGAUAGCAUCUCGGUAUUCGUGCAUUAUGGUGGUGACAGGUCCAAUGAUGCUAGAGUGAUAGCUGAGCCUGAUGUGGUCUUGACCACUUAUGGUGUACUGACUUCAGCUUAUAAAAGUGAUUCUGUUAAUAGUAUUUUCCAUAGAAUCGAAUGGCAUCGAGUGGUGUUAGAUGAAGCUCACACAAUUAAAUCAUGGAAGACUCAAGCUGCUCAGGCAGCAUUUGCACUGUCCUCUUAUUGCCGCUGGUGUCUUACUGGCACUCCUAUUCAGAACAAUUUGGAAGACCUGUACAGCCUUUUGUGCUUCUUGCAUGUUGAACCCUGGUGCAACUGGGCUUGGUGGAACAAGCUCAUUCAAAAGCCUUAUGAAAAUGGUGAUCAUAGGGGACUAAAAUUGGUCAGGGCCAUUUUGAGGCCCCUUAUGCUGAGAAGAACAAAGGAGUCUAAGGAUAAAGAAGGAAGGCCCAUUCUUGUUCUCCCGCCAACUGAUAUUCAAGUCAUAGAGUGCGAACAAUCAGAAGCCGAAUAUGACUUUUACAGUGCACUCUUCAAGAGAUCCAAAGUCCAAUUCGACCAAUUUGUUGCUCAAGGCAAAGUCCUCCAUAACUAUGCCAACAUUCUGGAGCUUCUACUCCGUCUCAGACAAUGCUGCAACCACCCCUUCCUAGUCAUGAGCCGAGGUGAUACAGAAAAAUAUGCCGACCUCGAUAAACUUGCAAACAGAUUUCUCCAAAACAAUCCCGACUCGACCACCCAAACGUGCCCUUCCCGAGCAUACGUUGAAGAAGUUGUUGAAGGAAUAAAAAACGGAGAAAACACAGAAUGCCCAAUCUGCCUUGAAUCUGCAGAUGACCCUGUCCUGACCCCAUGUGCACACAGGAUGUGCAGAGAGUGUCUCCUGUCCAGCUGGCACACGCCGGCCGCCGGCUUCUGCCCAAUCUGCAGACAAGUUGUGAGAAAGACAGAGCUGAUCACAUGUCCGACUGGUACCCGGUUCAGAGUAGAUGUCGAGAAGAACUGGAAGGAGUCCUCGAAAAUACUGAGCCUUUUGGAUUGUUUGGAGAAUAUACGUAAAUCGGGUUCUGGUGAGAAGAGCAUUGUGUUCAGCCAGUGGACUUCGUUUUUGGAUCUUUUGGAGAUACCGUUGAGAAAGAGAGGAUUCGAGUUCUUGAGGUUUGAUGGGAAGCUUGCGCAGAAAAAGCGGGAGAAGGUUUUGCAUGAGUUUGCCGACACUAGAAACAAGACUGUAAUGUUGAUGUCCUUGAAAACCGGUGGUGUGGGCUUGAAUCUGACUGCGGCUUCUAAUGUCUUUCUAAUGGAUCCAUGGUGGAAUCCUGCAGUAGAGGAGCAAGCAAUAAUGAGAAUUCACCGGAUUGGACAGAAGAGGACUGUCCAUGUAAGGAGAUUCAUUGUUAAGGAUACAGUAGAGGAGCGCUUGCAACAAGUCCAAGCCAGGAAACAGCGUAUGAUAGCCGGAGCCUUGACGGAUGAGGAAGUCCGAUCGGCAAGGCUCGAGGAACUUAAAAUGCUCUUCCGUUAG